AUAAAGGCAUUUAUGAGAAGUCUCCAUGUUGUCUAUCGUCUGCAGACCUGUGAGCAGUCUGAGAGGCUCCGGUGCUCUGGCUAAAGCUACAGCUGCAAUGGCAGACACACUGGCCAAAAUCCCCGUUGUUGAGAUUGAUCCCGAGGGAACCUUUAAGUACAUACUGGUCAGAGUGAAAGUGAAAGAUGGCGAUGCGCAUAAAGACAUAGUCCGAGGCACAAAAAGUGCAGAGUAUCACAAUCAUAUAUUUGAGAAGGUCAAUCCAGCUAUGGAGGCCUUGGGGAUGGAGUGUAAAUGCCUCGGGGGAGGAAAGAUAGAGCACAACAGCCAAGAGAAGAAACUCAGGGUGUUUGGAGAAUCAACUGCGUUUGGUAAAGCAGACCAUUCUGUGUCUGUAGAGAAGUUGAAGAGUGCCUUCAGCGACUAUGAGAUCACCUGCUCAGAUGACAAAAAAUAAGAGUGUAAACCUGCAUCUCAUUUCAAGUGUCUGCCUUUAUUUAUCAGUUCCAAUAUGACCCCUUCUGUAAAACCAUCGUUUAGUUCAAAUACACUAUUCUGGAUUUAA